AAAAACAUGCACUUAGGUUUAAUCGGUGACUCUAAAUUACCGUAGGAGUGAAUGAGAGCCUGAUUGUUUGUCUCUAUGUGUCAGCCCUGUGACAGUCUGGCGACCUGUCCAGGGUGUACUCCGCCUCCGACCUUCCAAACUACAUACGAUCUGCUGAAUAGCUCUCAAAUUUUUUAAAAGAGAUGGAAUACCCAGCUCUUUACUGAACACCCACACACAUAAUCAAGACACAGAACUAAAAAUGAAAUAAAAUAAAAUUUACACCAUCUGCACUGGCUACUGAAUAGCACUUGCGUCCCAAAAACACUUAGAUCCAAAAAGCACUUACGUCCUAAGAGGAUUCAACUGAGUCCAUGCCACUUUUUCUUGCUUAUUCUUGUGUUGUUUUUUGACUUCAUCCUUGCUUGUGUUGUAUGAUCUCUCAAAUGGUUAAGGAUAAUGAUGAAAGGAGGAUGAAAGGUGACAGAUACUGAUUUCUGUUAAAGCCAAGGCAAACCAUUGCACAACCGUAAUUUCUUCAUGUAAAGUUUAAUUUUAAUGAAAAACAAAGAUACAAAGUGACUAACAUUUGAACUGUUAUAGUGCCACCUACAUUUCAGAGUUAAUGUAGCAAUUAUAUAUCAAGUAAAUCAUUUUAAACUGGAUUACAGGCUAAAACUGCCAAAUUUCACUUUCUUUAAAACAGCUAAUAUUCCAGCUGAAAGGACGGGCAAAGGGUUGAUUUAAAGACUGAGAGCUGCAGUCACCAGAAGGGUUAAAGACUAGAUCUUUCAUCUUUCAUAACUGCGCUCCCCUCCCUGUUCAUGACUGAGUUUUAUAGCUGUGUGACCAUGAAAUGACAUUCAUAAAAUGGUAGGAUUAUGGAAAACAGCGCCUCUGUUAAAAUCUAACUACAGACUGGAACACGAGAUAAAAGAUUUGGAGAUUAUGGAGAAUGAAGAAAACAAUGAGCACUGUCUUUAGAGUAUACAUUAACCUUUACCAUAUUUAAGCUCAGAAAAAUGAUAUAUAAAUGAAUGAAUGAAUGAAUACAGCUCUUUUCUCCACCAGUAUUUAUUUAUUUUAGAGUACAGCAGCCUAUCCCACCAGCUGAUAUCAAGAAAUAAAAACACUAACUCCCCACUUUGAUCUCAAUUUCUACGUAUGAUACUAAGUCAACCCCAAUCAAAACAUAAUCGGACAGAGUGGAUUUCCAGUCUUGAUGCUAAGCUAAUAUAAAACCUGCUGGUACCGGCUAUAUGUUUACCAAACAGGUAUGAUAGUGCUAUCAAUCUGCUAACUCUACCUCCCAAAGUGAUGUAUUAUUCCUUUUUACUCAUUUGUUUAAGUGUGAGUAUUAAUCACACAGCAGGCUUAUUCCAUAUCUCUCACUGACAGAAUGCAGUGUUGAUGAACUUCUAAAUCAAUUAACUCCUGAAAACCUUGGGAAUACCAGCUUGUGCACAUUUGUUUGAGGCUUUUCUUUCCAAAUAGUUAAAAGAAGAGUACAAUAAUAGUUUAAAGUCAGUGAUUAUUAUCAGUAUGACUAUAUCUGCCACUUUCGCCCCCACCAGCUCCAGCUGAAGCUGCAUGGUAUUUACAGUCCUACUGUUAAUGUAUCACCUGUUGGAGUGAAUGGGAGGAGAGAUGCUACCCAUGGCUACAUAUAGAGGUUGCAUCCUGUCAUGCUCUGUCUCAGUGGGCUCCAGUACAGGCAGACAACAUGGGGAAGGGUUUCUACCUCAGUAAACCUGUUGGGAUAGUGGCUAUCAUAGCGUGUAUAGGAGCCCUGUCUACUAUCAUAGCUCUGUCUGUUGUUUACUCACAAGAAAAGGCAAAAAAUAAUGAGCAGGUCUUGCCAACAAAUGGAGGAACAACUCCUAAACCCACGACACCUACCCCUUCCAAUGAACCUUGGGACAAGUAUCGGCUGCCCAAGAGCCUGGUGCCGGACCACUACAACCUCACCCUGUGGCCACGACUGACUGCAGAUGAGACAACUGGACUUUUCAUCUUUACUGGUCAUUCCAGUGUGGAGUUUGAGUGUGCUGAGGAGACCGAUCUGAUUCUUAUCCACUCCAAUAAGCUGAACUACACAAGACUUGACAAUGACCAGUUGGGAAAGCUCGAAUCAGUCAGUAGUGGGUUCAAGGUCCCCGCAAUCAAGGAUUCUUGGGUCAAGCAUGAGACUCAGUACCUGGUCCUGCAGCUGGAUGGUAAACUGAAGAAGGCGCAAAAGUACAAACUCUUCACUGACUUUACUGGAGAACUGGCUGAUGACCUGGGAGGCUUCUACAGGAGUGAAUACACGGAGAAUGGGAUAAGAAAGGUUGUUGCUACUACCCAAAUGCAGCCAACAGAUGCCAGGAAGGCAUUCCCCUGUUUUGAUGAGCCAGCUAUGAAAGCUAUUUUCUACAUCACGCUGAUCCACGAAGAAGGAACUGUUGCCCUAUCCAACGGCGAGGAAAGAGACUCAAAGCCCACCACCAUUGAUGGCCAAUCAGUGAUUCAGACAACUUUUGAACCAACUGAGAAAAUGUCCACCUACCUGUUGGCAUUCAUUGUUAGUGACUUUGGCUUCAUCAAUGAAACCAUUGAUGGAGUUUUGAUUCGCAUCUUUGCCAGAAAGCCUGCCAUCGAUGCUGGACAAGGACAGUAUGCCCUUAACAAAACUGGACCAAUCCUUAAGUUCUUCGAGGAGUAUUACAAUUCUAGCUACCCUCUGCCCAAGUCUGAUCAGAUAGCUCUACCAGACUUUAAUGCUGGAGCCAUGGAGAACUGGGGUCUCAUCACAUACAGAGAGACAGCACUGCUCUACGACGAAACGUUCUCUUCCAACUCCAACAAGGAGAGGAUUGCUACCAUCAUCGCUCACGAACUGGCUCACAUGUGGUUUGGAAAUCUGGUGACCCUGAGGUGGUGGAACGACUUGUGGCUGAAUGAAGGUUUUGCGUCCUAUGUUGAGUACCUGGGAGCACACGAGGCUGAACCCGACUGGAACGUGAAAGACCUCAUCGUGCUCAAUGACGUCCACAGGGUGUUUGCCGUCGACGCCCUGGCCUCUUCUCACCCUCUGUCCUCUAAAGAGGAGGACAUUCAGAAACCAGCGCAGAUCAGCGAGCUGUUUGAUGCUAUCUCAUACAGCAAGGGAGCUUCUGUCUUAAGGAUGCUGUCAGAUUUCCUCACUGAAGAAGUCUUCACCAUGGGACUCAGGACCUACCUGGCUAAAUUUGCUUUUGGGAACGCAAUCUACACAGACCUAUGGGAUCAUCUGCAGAUGGCUGUUAAAGCUAGUGGCACUGAACUUCCCAACUCCGUGCAUGACAUCAUGAACACCUGGGUGCUGCAGAUGGGCUUCCCUGUGGUUACCAUAGAUACGACCACAGGAACUGUAUCCCAAAAGCACUUCCUGCUGGACCCAGACUCUGAAGUCACUGUUGUAUCUCCCUUCAAUUAUGAAUGGAUUGUUCCAAUCAAGUGGACGAAGACUGGAGCCGUGCAGGAGGCCAAAUGGCUGAAGGCUAAAUCAGAUACAAUUAUUGAAAUGAAGGCCUCAGGGUCUGACUGGGUGCUGGCUAACACCGACGUGGUCGGGUACUACAGAGUCAACUACGACGAGGGCAACUGGGAGAGACUCAUAGACGCUCUAAUGACAAAUCACUCGCAAAUUAGAGUGAUCAACAGAGCUCAGUUAGUGGAUGACGCCUUCAACCUGGCCAGGGCAAAGAUCAUCCCCACAGUUCUGGCCCUCAAAACCACCAAGUACCUUAACGAGGAGAGAGACUACAUGCCCUGGGAGUCGGCCCUCAACAACCUCGACUUCUUCUCCCUCAUGUUCGACCGCAGCGAGGUCUAUGGUCCCAUGCAGGAUUAUCUGAGGAAACAGGUCACCCCUCUGUUUGGAUACUUCAAGACCUUGACUGGAAACUGGAGCGAAGUACCUAAAGGACACAUGGACCAGUAUAACCAGGUGAAUGCUAUCAGCCUGGCGUGCCGGACAGGCCUUCAGGAAUGCCAAGACCUGGCCAAAGGAUGGUUCCAACAAUGGAUGACCACUGAUGUUAACCCGAUCCACCCCAACCUGCGUUCCACUGUGUACUGCAAUGCCAUCGCAGCAGGUGGCGCUAAAGAGUGGGAGUUUGCACUGUCAAAGUUUCUGAACACCACCAUUGCUUCUGAAGCUGAGAAAAUCCGCUCUGCCCUGGCCUGCACCAAGCAACCCUGGCUGCUCAACAGGUACCUGGAGUACACUCUGAAUUCAACAAUAAUCCGAAAGCAGGAUGCCACCUCCACCAUUGUUUACGUCGCUAACAAUGUGGUCGGUCAACCUCUGGCGUGGGACUUUGUUCGGGAUCGGUGGACGUACAUCUUCAAUGAGUAUGGAGGUGGAUCAUUCUCUUUCUCCAACCUGAUCAACGGAGUCACCAAACGCUUUUCCACUGAAUUCGAGCUUGAGCAGCUUCAGAAGUUUAAGGCGGAAAACUCUGAUGUUGGUUUCGGCUCUGGGACGCUGGCGGUGGAUCAGUCCAUCGAGAGAACCAUCAGCAACAUUAAAUGGAUCCAAGAGAACCAGCAGAACGUGAAGAAUUGGUUCGAUGCUGAAGCUCCUGAGUAGUACUAGCUGUGUAUUUACUUGUACUUCAUGUACUUUAAAAGGUUUUUUUUCCAUCAAGAUAAAUCAUCCUCAGAGGAGAAAAUUGCACACAUCUUCCACUGAAAGCAAAUUUUGUAAAGUCUUCAUGUACAAUUUUGUAAAUUGGAUAUUUGUAAAUAUGUGCAACUUUAAAAAUGAAACGCUGAAAUGACCUACAUCAGGGAUGGGCAAUUUAAAUGCUGGAGGGGGCCACAAUAUUUCAUUGACACUACCACAGGGCCACAUAUAGGACCGUGCAUUUAACCAGAUAUAAUGAAACUGCAAUUUUAAAUAUGUUUACAGUGCAGUAACUUAACAUAUUUCAUGCUGAAAUGCAUGUAUAACAGUAUAAAUAGGAAUACAAAAGGUUUGAAGCAAAUAAAAAAUAACCACUUACUGUGAUUUCUUGUUUUUCAGUGCAAGAACAGCAGACCAACAUUAAUUGUUGGUAAUUUUGUGCAUUUUUACACUGCACUUUUAAGAUUUCAUGCUCAAAUGCAUCUAGUUGUACUGAGGGCCGCUUCAAGUGAGGCUGCGGGCCGUAUGCGGCCCCCGGGCCUCCAGUUGCCCAUCCCUGACCUAUGUACACAGGCUAGUCUGUGCAGCUUUAAAAACUACCAUUUUACAGACAAUGAUUCACAUCUUUUGCUGACAUUUUUAGACAUGUGAAGGCAAUAAUUGUACUCUAUUCUGAA